AUGGUGGAGGGUUCGGGAAGUAAGCGAGAUAGUCCAAUAACUUCAAAAAAGAGGGGGAGGAAUGAAUCUCCAAAAGAAGAUGCCACCGUAUGGAAGAAACAAAGGAUAAAAAGCUUGGUUUCAAAAAGUUCAAUUUACAGAAGGAAAUGUGAAGAAAAGAAAGAAGAAGAGAUUGAAAAAAAGAAAAAUACUGAAAGCGAAGAAGUGGAACAAGGAGAAGAAGAAGUUAAACAAGGAGAAGAAGAUAACGAUGAAAAAAGGGAAGGGGAGAUAGUGGUAGAUGAAGAUUUCAGUUCAUGGACGAGUGAACAAGAUGAAAGACUAAGAGAUAAUAAAAAGAGAAAAAAGAUUACGAAAAAGGGAAAGAAGGUGAAGGUUGUUAAAAAGGAACAAAAGGCAAAAGAAUAUCAAAGAAGGAAGGGCAAAGCACCGAUGAAACAAGAAAAGUCUGAGGGAGCAAGAGCCUUUGAAGAACACCUUGACAAGGUAGAAGAGGACCGAGAAGAAGAUGACGAUGAAGAUCUAAACUUGGAUUCAAGUAGUCCAAAAGUGCUUGGUAAAAAGGAUGACGAUGAAGACAAAGACGGAAAGGAAAGCAUGGUUGGAAGUUGA